CGAGGAAGAAGCGGAGGAGGAAGGCACUUGUGCCUACUACGCAAGCGACAGAGGGUGUAACCCCUCUUUACAACAAUCCCGAUAUAGUUUCCUUUGCGUCCAGUAUUCAUGAGGACGACUCAGACCAGUCGUUCAUCGGAAGCGACCUCGAGAUGGAAGCGGCAGAGGAAAGCUCUGUCGUUAAGGUCGUUCCCUCUGCCACGACACGCUUUCUGGAUGGGAAGAGGGCAUGGUCACCCAGCAGAGCACUCCUUGAUUCAUCGGACGACGAAGAGAUACAAGAUACUCCCAUUCACUCUGCCAUUGCGUGCUAUGACAUCCCUCCUGUAUCAACGCUCAGGCCGAUUCGCGACCAGAACAUAUUCCAUCUCACUCCUCAGGAAGUCUCAGCCUUAGGUAUCGCCUCGCCCUCCCCUGCAACUUUCGUUCUACUAGUCCCGGAUGAGACCCUAUCUCUCAUCGGCACCUACGCCUUGACCAUACUACGAGGGGCCGUUUCCCUCCAAAAUGUGACUCUACGACCUUCUCUAACCUCGCAUCGCGUCUUCGCCUCUCGUCUCUCCCCUAUAUCGCCCAUUCGCGCUCUGAAGAUGGACACGGUACUUGCAGUUGAGGGUUUGGAUAUGUGCCUGCCAAGGAGGAUCAAGGCCAUCGUUGGCAACAGGAUCGCGGUCGUCAUCCAGGAGCUUCGGACAGGCGUAGAGAAUCUAUCCAAAGUUUGCCGCUUGUUCUCUGGUGCUUUCCGGACAUCGCAAGAUGAAUCCACAGACGAUAUAGGUCUCACUGGGAUCCACAUGAUAACCAAUGCUGCUCGCGAUUUGCAUCCUCUGCGCAUCCUUCCUUCAUGGAAUGUGGCAUUGCAAGACGCACUCCCACAUCAAGCGCGGCACGAUUCAGUACAGGUCAUGGAUGCAGUACGGACUCCUGUUUAUUUGAUACGAGGGCCUAAGAAAGUGGGCAAGAGUAACUUUUCCCGAACGUUGCUCAACACUCUGCUCGGGCACUACCGACGUGCCGCUUUCCUCGAAUGUGAUCUCGGUCAGUCUGAGUUUACACCGCCAGGCAUGGUCUCACUGGCCAUCAUCGAACAACCUGUCUUCGGUCCCGCCUUCACACACCUCACGGUGCCGUUCCGUGCUCACUACAUCGGCUCGUCUACCGCUCGAUCAUUGCCCUCACUAUACCUCGAUGCCAUCCAAGCGUUGAUACAAAGCUAUAGGCUCGAAGUGCAACAUGCGACGUUCCUUCUUGAUGGGGAUGUCGUCCAAGGUCCUGCCAACGGCGAUGAUGGAGACCAGCUGAUCGAAGACGCGAUACCUUUGGUCGUGAACACGAUGGGCUGGUCGAAGGGGAUGGGUGCGGACCUCAAUGCGCGCAUUGAAGAGAUGCUCGACCCUACGUGCAUCUUCGAAUUUCGAUCUCCCUCAUACCCCGACGAUAUAUCGAACAUCCAAGUCUUGCCCGACCCGUACGGUUACAGUAGCACGAUAGGCUUCCUGCAAGAGGGUCGCAACCGCCGAUAUAUACUCGAGCCAGCCAUCUCUCCAUUGAGUCCAGCCUUUACGAACUACCGCCCCGCCGACGCACGAACAUUGUCCUUGUUAUCCUAUUUCUACGGCAUCUUUUCCGCCUCAACUAACUCUUCGGGUGCCUUCUUGAUGGUCUCCUCAUGGAAUUCCUCCUUGCCCUUAUGUGCCUUGCCACCAUACGAGGUACUUCCUUCCAUCGCGCUGGACAAAGUUGUUUUAGCGGGCGCGGGGUUUGAAGACGUGGUUCCGACUGAAAUCGUUCGGGUGUUGAACGGCGCCCUCGUUGCCCUUGUCAGCUGCGAACCUGGAGCUGAAGACUCGACAUCCGAUUCAAGAGUUCAUACCGGCGGCAUACCCUACGUCCAGGCAGCGCCCCCUCCCUCGCCCAACUUGUCCAGUUGCCUGGGCUUGGCACUCAUCCGCUCUGUUCAACUAUCGUCGGAGCAUACGGACGAAAAACCAUUGCAGAUCCUCACGCCGCUUCCACCCUCCUUACUUGCGUCAUGUCGCGUGUUAGUCAAGGGCGAACAAGAGCUCCCUGUAUGGGGGAUGCUGGACUUCCGGUCCUCUGGUGGAGAAGUGGCGGGCAUGGAUAAGGACAACGUACCGUAUCUGCGGUGGGGCCCGUCCGAGGGUGCAGGAGGUGAGAAGAGAAGGGUGAGGCGUAACUUGAUGCGGAAGGGUCAGAUAUGACGCCGACGAGGAAGAGGCAAUGGCUUCAUCGGAAUAUUACGACGACCUCGUGUUCU